AUGAAAGAUGGAAAGUGCUCAAAAUACUUUCCCAAAAAGUUUCAGCCCCAGACCAUUGUUGAUCAAUAUGGAUAUCCUAUGUACCGAAGAAGAGAAACCGGUAAUACGGUUAUGAAAAAACAAGUUCAACUUGAUAACAGGUAUGUAGUUCCUUAUAAUCCAUAUUUGUUGAAAAAAUAUCAAGCACACGUCAAUAUGGAGUGGUGUAAUCAGAGUACUUCUAUUAAGUACUUAUUCAAGUAUAUUAACAAAGGUUAUGAUAGAAUUACUGCUGCGGUUGUCCAAACUGAAUCUGAUGGAACUUCGGUCAUAAGAAAUGUUGAUGAAAUCAAGCAAUAUCUUGAUUGUAGAUAUGUCUCACCAAGUGAAGCGUGUUGGAGGCUUUUUUCAUUUCCUAUUCAUGGUAGGUCACCAGCAGUUGAGAGGUUGUACUUCCAUCUUGAGGGAGAUAAUUCUGUUUACUAUACUGAUUAUGAAUUGAUUGAUGAGGUGCUUGACAAACCAAGUGUGAAAGAAUCAAUGUUUACGGCGUGGAUGGAAGCAAACAAAAUAUACUUUGAGGCACAAAAUUUAACUUACUCUCAAUUUCUGACGAAGUUUGUAUAUGAUAGAAGAUAUAGACGGUGGAGACCACGAAAAAGGGGUCAUACUAUUGGCCGCCUAAUUUGGGUUCCUCCAAGUAUCGGUGAGUUGUAUUAUUUGAGAAUGAUGCUGACAGUUGUCAAGGGCCCUACUUGCUAUGAAGAUAUAAAAUUCGUUGAUGGAAAGAUUCAGGAUAGCUUUAGGGAUGCAUGCUUCCAUAUGGGAUUUCUUAACGAUGACAGUGAAUAUGUUGCAGCGAUAAAUGAAGCAAAAGAUUGGGGUUCUGGACAUUUUUUGAGAAAGUUAUUUGUUACGAUGUUGCUAUCCGAUACAGUGAAUAGGCCACGUCAUGUUUGGGAACAAACCUGGAGGACUUUAUCUGACGGUAUUUUAUAUCAACAGAGACAGAAUACUAAUAGAAGAGAAUUGCAACUAUCAGACACUGAGUUAAAGAAUUUGACACUCAUUGAGAUUGAAAAUAUGAUGCAAUCAAAUAGAAGAAGUUUACAUGAAUUUACAUGUAUGCCAUAUCCGGAUAGCUAUGUCACAAAGCAUGUUGGCAACCGGCUGAUUUACGACGAACUUGAUUACAAUGCUGAGAAAGAGCAAAAGAAUUUCGAAGAGCUUUUUCAUGCACUUACAGAUGAACAACUUGCAAUAAAUCAUACCAUCAUGGAUGCUGUCAACAAAAAAAGAGGAGGUGUGUUUUUUUUACAUGGUUACGGAGGAACCGACAAAACUUUCAUGUGGAGAACACUAUCAAGUGCCCUUCGUUCACAGAAAAAAAUUGUUUUUACUGUUGCUUCAAGUGGGAUAGCAUCAUUAUUAUUGCCAGGUGGAAGAACUGCACAUUCAAAGUUCAAAAUACCUGUGCCAACACUUGACAACUCAACUUGCAAUAUCGACAAAGACACUGAUCAUUCACAACUACUUGAAGCCACCGAUGUCAUAAUAUGGGAUGAAGCACCUAUGUCUCAUAGGCACUGCUUUGAGGCAUUGGAUAAAACCCUAAAAGAUGUCAUGAGCAAAAAGGGUUUCCAAAAUGCAAUUUUUGGUGGAAAGGUUGUUGUUUUUGGAGGAGAUUUCCGACAGAUUCUUCCAGUUGUUCCUAGAGCAAGUCGUUCUGAUAUUGUCCAUGCAUCUAUUAGCUCAUCCUAUGUUUGGGAAUAUUGUCAGGUUCUAAAGCUCACAAAGAAUAUGAGACUUCGCGUUGGAAGGGAUAAUACAAGUUCUGAUGAACUAGCAAAAUUCUCAAAAUGGAUAUUGCAAGUUGGUGAUGGUAAGAUUUCUGAACCAAAUGAUGGAUUGGUUGAGAUAGAAAUUCCAAAAGAAUUAUUAAUUUCAAAUUUUGAAGAUCCAAUAAGGGCUAUCGUUGAUUACACAUAUCCGAAUUUGUUGGAAAAAUUUCAAGAUGUUACGUUCUUACAAAGAAAAGCCAUUCUUGCCUCAACCAUUGAAGUUGUGGAUAGAAUCAAUCAUUACAUAUUGGAUCUGAUACCAGUUUUAACUCCUGAAUUUCUUAGUAAAUUAAGAACAUUAGGAAUUCCAAAUCAUAAGAUCAAAUUGAAGGUCGGUACACCUAUUAUGCUAAUGAGAAAUUUGGAUCAGGUUGAUGGACUGUGCAAUGGAACAAGAUUAAUUGUUACAAGGUUAGCAAAUCAUGUCAUAGAGGCAAAGAUCAUGUCUGGAAAGAACAUAGGUAACAUUUUUUACAUUCCAAGAAUGUCUAUGUCACCGUCUGAUUCACCUUGGCCAUUUAAGUUGAUUCGGUUUCAAUUUCCAAUAAUUGUCUCCUAUGCAAUGACAAUUAAUAAAUCCCAAGGUCAAUCACUUGAUAGUGUUGGAUUGUACUUGCCUACUCCAGUAUUUAGUCAUGGUCAGUUGUAUGUUGCUAUUUCACGAGUUAAGAGCAAAAGUGGGCUAAAAAUCCUAAUCCAUGACAAGGACAAUUCACCGUGUUUGACUACUACAAAUGUUGUGUACAAGGAGGUCUUCGAAGCACUUGGUUAA